ACAAAAUGGGCACUCAUCCUUUCAUGCUUGCUAUCACUAUUUCCAACCUACUAAUGUUGUUCUCUCAACUUUCUACAGCAACAACUGAUAGCAUCACCCAGUCACAGCCACUUCACGAUGAUGGCACCACCUUGGUUUCCAACGAUGGAACCUUCGAGUUAGGGUUCUUCAGCCCCGGUAGUUCCACAAACCGCUACAUAGGAGUUUGGUACAAAAUCAUCUCCGUUAAAACCAUUGUUUGGGUUGCCAACCGUGACAACCCUGUCAAAGACAACAACAACACCAUGCUAACCAUAACCAAAGAGGGAAACCUCGUACUUCUCAACAACAGCAACAACCAAACUCUUUGGUCAACAAACAUCACAUUUUUCACCUCUCAGCCUUUGUUGAGUCCCAUGGUUCAACUCUUGGACAAUGGAAACUUGGUACUUAAAGAAGGAAACAACAACAACAACAACAAAGAAGAAGAAGAAGAAAGUUUUUUGUGGCAAAGCUUUGAUCACCCUUGUGACACACUCUUGCCAGGAAUGAAGCUAGGAUGGGACUUGAAAACAGGUAAUAACCGGAAACUAACUGCAUGGAAGAGUUGGGAUGACCCUUCUUCAGGAAACUUCACUUGGGGUAUGCUCCUUAGUAGCAACCCUGAAUUGGUACUGUGGAAAGGUUCAAUAGAGUACCACAGAAGUGGGCCUUGGAAUGGGCCUGGGUUUAGUGGCCAGCCUGUGUUGAGACUCACUCCAAUUGUUGACAUCAAAUUUGUCAAUGAUUCAAACGAGGUCUAUUACUCUUACACCCUUAGGAACAAGUCCGUGAUAUCAAUAACUUACUUGAACCAAACCCUUUCUCAUCGCGAACGCAUCACGUGGAUUCCAGAGAACAAAACUUGGAGGGUUUACGAGUCUGUUCCUAGAGAUGAUUGUGAUCCUUAUAACCCUUGUGGCCCAAAUGGAAAUUGUAUGGUGAAUGAGACACCGAUUUGCCAGUGUUUAGAAGGGUUCCAACCAAAAAUUCACCAGAAUUGGAACACGUUUGAUUGGACAGAAGGAUGUGUGCGAAGUGAACCUUGGAGUUGUGGGGUGGAGAAUCAAGAUGGUUUUCGUAGAUUUGCUUCGAUGAAAGUGCCUGAUACUAGAAACUCUUGGGUCUAUGAAAAUAUGACACUUGAGGAUUGUAAGGCCAAAUGCUUGGAAAAUUGUUCUUGCAUGGCUUAUUCAAACUUGGACAUAAGGGAAGGUGGCAGUGGUUGUUCCAUUUGGUUUGGUAAUCUUAUUGAUUUGAAAUUGGUUCAAGCAAGCCAACAAGAUCUAUAUAUUCGAAUGGCUGUUCCAGAGACAAGUAAUUCAACUUCAAAGGGAAACACAAAAAAGAAGGCUUUAGUAAUCACCAUCCCACUUGUAUCUGUCGCUAUUAUGCUAUUUGUUGUCUUCCUUUGUAUUUACAAAAGCAGAAGAAAGCAUAAAGGAAUGGAAGAUGAAACAGAGAAUAUCAUACCAACCGAAAAGAAAGAUGAAGAUGAAAAUCAAGAUUUUGAGCUUCCUUUCUUUGAUUUUACUACAAUAUUUAAUGCUACCAAUGGUUUCUCAAUGGACAACAAGCUUGGAGAAGGUGGUUUUGGACCUGUAUAUAAGGGUAUGCUACUAGAUGGACGAGAGAUUGCCAUCAAAAGGCUUUCAAAGAGUUCUAGACAAGGGAUGACAGAAUUUAAGAAUGAAGUUAUAUUGUGUGCCAAACUUCAACAUCGAAAUCUUGUUAAGGUCCUUGGUUGUUGCGUUCAAGAGGAGGAGAAAAUGUUAUUGUAUGAAUACAUGCCCAACAAAAGUCUUGACUCAUUUAUUUUUGAUUCAACUCAAAGUAAACUUUUGGAUUGGUCUAAGCGCUUCCACAUUAUAUGUGCAAUUGCUCGUGGACUUCUUUAUCUACAUCAAGAUUCAAGAUUGAGGAUCAUACAUAGAGAUCUCAAAGCAAGUAACAUUUUGUUAGACAAUGAUAUGAAUCCAAAAAUUUCUGAUUUUGGCUUGGCAAGACUUUGUGGAGAUGAUCAAAUCGAAGGAAAUACAAGUAAAGUAGUUGGGACAUAUGGUUACAUGGCUCCGGAAUAUGCCAUUGAUGGGUUAUUCUCCGUAAAAUCUGAUGUAUUUAGCUUUGGAAUAUUAUUACUAGAGAUUGUAAGCGGAAAAAAAAAUAGAGGGCUUACAUACACAAAAGAUACUUAUAAUCUUAUUGGGCAUGCAUGGAGAUUAUGGAAAGAAGGCAAUCCAAUAGAAUUGAUUGAUGAUUGUUUGGGAGACUCGUAUGUUAUACCAGAAGCCUUACGUUGCAUACAAAUUAGUCUUUUAUGUCUACAAUAUCAUCCAAAUGAUAGACCUAACAUGGCAUCUGUGAUCGUUAUGUUGACCAAUGAAACAGAUUUAGCUCAACCAAAGGAGCCUGGUUUCUUAAUAGAAAGAUUGGUCCCUGGUGAAGUAGAAUCGUCUAUUACAAAGCAAAUCUCUUCUUCAGUUAAUGAAGUAUCUAUUUCUCUAUUGGAUGCUAGAUAAUUUUUAUUUUAUUUCUUAUGCUUUAUAUGAAUCUAAUAUAAAUACAUUUUUUAAUCUUUAUCCUAGUGAUGUACAUUGUUGUUAUAAGUUUGAUAUUGAGUAUAAUAGGAUGUUCAUUGUGGUAUUUAAGUCAUUAGAUUCCUUGUAUAAUGGACUAACUUUUUUUGUUGAUU